GCUCCAAGUGGCAAAACCAGCGCCGGCGGUUGAACAUGGCGGAGGACGCCGCAGAGGCGCGGAGCCCGCGGGGACGGGCUGACGGAGAGGAUGCUGGCCCCUCCGAGAAAGGGCUGUCAGAAACGGCGAAGGAUGAUCAGGAGCAGUUCGAGUGCCAGGAACUGCUCGAGUGCCAGGUUGAGCUGGGGGCCCCCGAGGAAGAGGAGGACGCGGGCCUGGUGGCGGAGGCCGAGGAGGUCGCUGCCGGCUGGAUGCUCGAUUUCCUCUGCCUCUCUCUUUGCCGGGCCUUCCGCGACGGCCGCUCGGAGGACUUCCGCCGGACCCGUGACAGCGCGGAGGCUAUUAUUCAUGGAUUAUCCAGUCUAACAGCUUAUCAAUUGCAAACUAUACAAACAUGUCAGUUUUUGACAAGAAUUGCAGCAGGAAAAACCCUUGAUGUUCAGUUUGAAACUGAUGACCGAAUUACACCCUUGGAAUCAGCCCUGAUAAUUUGGGCUUCACUUGAAAAGGAACAUGACAAACUUCAUGAAGAAAUACAGAAUUUAAUUAAAAUUCAGGCUGUAGCUGUUUGUAUGGAAAAUGGCAAUUUUAAGGAAGCAGAAGAAGUCUUUGGAAGAAUAUUUGGUGAUUCAGACGCUAACACGCCUUUACAAAGGAAAUUGCGUAUGAUAAUCUCUCAGAAAGAUACAUUUCAUUCCUUUUUUCAACACUUCAGUUACAACCAAAUGAUGGAGAAAAUUAAGAGUUUUGUGAAUUAUGUACUCAGUGAAAAAUCAUCAGCCUUUCUAAUGAAGGCAGCAGCAAAAGUAGUGGAAAGUAAAAGAGCAAGAAUACUUUCUCAAGAUAAACCUGAUAGCAGUGAUACAGACAUGGAAACUGAGGCUAAUUUGGAUACAGGAAAAAGUGUUAGUGAUAAACCAUCUGCAGUAACUGAGCCCACAGAGGGUACAGUAUCCUUCCUGAGGUCUCACAGGAAUCUCUUCUUAUCUAAGUUGCAACAGAAAAGCCCCCAAGGUUUUAAUGAGAGAGAAGAAAGAGCAGAAACUUGUCCAAAUAGAAGAAAGAUAAGAGAAAAUAGUAGACAAGCCACUGAAAGCAGGAGAAAGCAUGUUUUAAACAAUCAACCAGGUACUUCUCAAAAUCAUCGAUCUAGGAAAAAACAGGCAUGGCUUUGGGAAGAAGAUAGGAAUCUGAGAUCUGGCGUGAGGAAAUACGGAGAGGGAAACUGGUCUAAAAUACUGUUACAUUAUAAAUUCAACAAUCGAACGAGUGUCAUGUUAAAAGACAGAUGGAGGACUAUGAAGAAACUAAAACUGAUUUGCUCAGACAGUGAAGACUGAUGUGCUUGUAAAAGCUCGGUAAAAGGACAGUUAAAUAUUUUGAUCAUUGCUUUUUGUUUGAAACUUGGUGGUCUUUGAUGUAUCUUAAAGUUUUUAUUUAAAGCAUUAUAGUACUUUUCUUGGCACAGCCAUUUGAUUAACUAAGGAUUUGUGCUGUAAGAGUAAUAUGAUUUGCCAUCAUUGUAUUUUUUAAGUACCUUUUUACUUUGAUGAAAUGUAGAUUUGUUGAACUCUGAUGCUUUCAGUACCUCUACCUCCAAAUCCUGUAUCAAUAAAAACAUGAAAACCUGGUAAGAGCAAAACUACAUUUCUCUUAACCAAUUCUUAGGUUUGUAGGCUGACUUCAGCUCCACAGCACACACAUAAAAGUGAUGUUUCUAAAUCAGUGACUAGUAAUAGGCCUUGGACAUAAGAAGGAAUGAUUUAUGGCCUUGAUAUAUUAAUGACUAAAACAUUUGUUUAUAGAAUGAAAUGUACAAGGUAAUCUUUGUGUUUUAACACAUUUAAAAUUUCAUUUCAGUAGUUUCAUAAAGGAAAAAACUUAAAUAGUAAUAUCUGUAGGACAAAAUUUGUACUAUCACCAAGGAUCUCUUCAUGUCUCAUUUAGGUACAUGCGACCUUUCUUCCAGUGUUAAAACCUAGUCAAAGUUGGUUUUAAAUAAAGCAUUUUUAUAACAUGGUGCCAUAAAUAUCAUUUUCUUUGACAUUUUUAAUAUAGCAACAGUGUACCUAAAUGGUAUUCUGUAAAUGCUUGCUUUGAUACUAACCAGGAUCAUUUUCUCAUCCGUGAUGAAUCCUAAAUAAGCGAGGUCAUACACACCUUUGAGUUUUCACCAACAUUUUAUUCUUUAGAGAAUUUAGUUAAAAACUAAUACAGAUAUUUAGCAGGUUGAGUUACAUGUGCUUUAUUCAACAAUUGAGUGAAAAUACUGAACUAUUUGUAAAAAAAGUUAAAUGAUAGAGUUUUGUCAUUUGUAUUUCAUCUCUUCUAGCAUUAUACAUGACUUCCCCAUUGUGCCUGAAUUUGUUGUCAUAUAUUCAUAGUAAAUAGAAAUGUGGAUAAUUACUGACUGCCUCCUGACUCGUCUGUGUUGUCACACCACCACUUACUGUCACUGUGUUUCUUGUAGACAUUUUGAUGGUUAGUGCCACAGUAGGCAGCGUGAGCCACAACGGACCUGUAAGUCAACCUCCUCGUUCCAAACAUACAUAAACCAUCAAAUCUCAGGUGCCAUCAACUAGAAGAAGCUCAAUUAUUUUAUGUGCCACUGAGAAAGAUCACUGUCAAUUACAGUACGGUGCUUUCUUAUUUAGAAUUUUCUUAUUAAAAGAGAUUUAGAUUUCAUUAAAACAUAGAUUUUUAUUAUAUGACUGUGGGUACAUAAAAAGGAAAAGCACCAUUACAGACAGGCCCCUUGUACACUGGAUCCAGUUUUGCCCAAUAUUAAUUUGUAAAACUGCGGUAUGUUGAUAUUGAUACAAUCCACAAAUCUUAUUCAGAUUUCCCCAGUUUUACUUGUAUUCUGUAUGUGUGGUGUGUGUGUGUAUUUACCGUGUUUCCCCGAAAAUAAGACCUAGCCAGACCAU